CAAAAGCCGUUGCUAUUGAUACAGACUAAACAUCAAUUUCAGCUGGCUGGCGUGUUUUUUUUGUAAAAAUGAAGUUUCUUACACGUUGGUGAUUGUGCUACAGAGUUCAUUCAAAAUGAAAGCAGUUCAGUUUCAGCAGUUGAUCUCUAAGCUUCGCAAACAGAAAGUUCUUGCAAAGGAGGACAAGCCAAGACGGAUGACUCCAUCAGUUUUUAAGCAAGAAAUGAUGCAGUCCUCAGAGGAGCGCCUGAAUAACAUCACAGAGGUCCAUCUGCCCCUCAGGCUCGAGGCUCCAGAAGGCAACACCACUUAUUGCAUGCUGUCCCCAGUAAAACCGGACCGUCCGAUUUUCCAACCUUACCCAUCAGAGCUGGUCUUCCAGAACUUUAUUCCCUUACAAACCUACUGUUUGCCUCUGCUGCUUCUCAACAAUGACCAGGUUGCACACCCUGUGAAGUUGGAGAAGGAUAUUUCAGAACAGUUUUACGUGGCGGGUCCAGAGACUGGAAGAAGCAAAAUAGCACCAGGAAUGACUGCCAGUUUUAUGGUAUUCUUCACCCCACAGGAGAGCAAGGAUUACAGCCACAGACUGAUUUGUGUUUCUCCGAGAGAAUGUUUCGAGAUUCCAAUUCGUGCCAUUGGGCCCCGCGCCAUACUUGACUUUAAAGAUGAGAUUCAUUUACCUACUUGUCUAGUGAAAGCAUCCACAGAGAAAACUCACUUUGUUUGCAACAUAGGCAACUGUAAGGCCAAUUUCAAGUUGCACACAAAAAGUCCUUUUUCAGUGACACCCUCUACUGAUAUUCUCGAUGUUGGGGAAGGCAUCCAGGUGACCGUGAUUUUCCAGCCCAUGAAUGUUGGACAGUUCCAGGAAGACCUUAUUCUGCAGUAUGACACUGGUGAAGAUGUCCACAUCAGUUUGUUUGGGACUUCGGAGGAACUGAACAUCUGUCUUCAACCUGAGCCUGUAAACCUGAAGAAGACUUAUACCUCCCUGACCAGUUCUCAGACAGUUUCACUCACCAACUGCAGUGACAUUCCUCUUAAGUACCAUUGGACAGUGUCGCCAAGUCAGGCAAAAGAUGACCUGUCCUUUUUCAGGGAGAACUCUGUGCUUCAGCAGAAGGAGCAGAAAAGGGACGAAAAUAUGUGUCGACCUAGUCGGUGCGAGUCUGACCCCACAGCGAUCCAUCACCCCCUGCUGCUGUCCCAAAGCCUGCAGGAGAGCAAAAGCCAUGCUGCAGAGGACUGCCCUCCUACACUUUCACUUAGCGGCAUAACAUUGGAGCCGGUGAUGGGAGAGCUCUGGCCUAACACUACAGCAAACUUCCUCAUCGUCUUCAAGCCAGAGGAGGCAAAAGUUUACCAACACACCGUUUAUUGUAAUGUCACAGGCAAGCAAUCUCCAUUACCCCUUCGGAUCAAAGGUGAAGGGCUCGGACCAAAACUCAAGCUCAAUUAUAACCUGAUGGACAUAAGAAAUGUGUUUAUAGGUGACACAGAUCAUUAUGAGCUGCAGAUGACAAACAAGGGACUGAUUGAUGCCCCUUUCAAGUUUUCUCGCCCUAAGACUACGUUUGGCCUGUGUUUUUCCAUCCGGCCCAAGGAAGGUGUCAUUCCCCCUGGGAUCUGCCAGGCUGUAGAAAUCACGUUUCACAGUCGGACCUUGGGAAGCUUUUCUGAGGAUUUGGUGUUAACUGUCACAGGACAGCCGCAAACUCAAAUCCUAACUUUCAGGGGUUGUGUAAUUGGCCCCACGUUCCACUUUAAUGUGUAUGAACUAAAUUUUGGCGACGUAGCUUUUGGUUUUCCAUCCACACAGACAUGUACCCUUUUCAACACAUCAUUUGUUCCAAUGACUUUUGCUUUACAUGUCAUGGGAGACGGGUUAGGACCUCGUAGCAUUACCAGUACCAAACAGGUGUCUGAUUUGUCCCCAAAGAGUUGGCAAGGAUAUCCAACUUGGGACCGUUGUCUUCGACCAGUGGAGUUUACUGUCAGUCCAACAACUGGCACUGUGGAUGCCAUGUCUGAUAUCAGCAUCAAGGUUACCCUGUGCUCAAACACAGUGAAGAAAUAUGAACUGGCGCUAGCAGUAGAUGUUGAAGGUGUUGGAGAGGAAAUCAUGAUUUUGCCUCUCAAUGCCAGGUGUGUUGUGCCUGGGAUUGAGGUUGAACCUGCCAUUUUGGACUUCCAAAGAUGUUACCUGGGUCUUCCCUAUGAAAGAAAUAUGCGGCUGAUCAACUCCAGCAAUCUUCCUGUUUGUUAUGGUGUGCUAGAUCAGGAGAUGGAGGGGAGUACACCAGUACUUUUUGGCAGUUCUAUGCCCAGAGGAAUUCUUUUGGCUGGUAGCUCAAAGGAGAUUCCUGUAUCCAUCGUGGCUUGCGCUUUAGGAAGGAUCCAGAACUCUCUACAUAUUGCUGUGUUUGGCAGCCUUCAACAGCCUCUGGAGGUCCUUCUGUCAUGUGUUGGACAGGGACCCAUUGUUUAUGUUCCCAUCUCACACCUGAAGUUUGGCAGCAUUCCCGUCCUGACGGAUACUACUCGAACACUGCACCUUCUCAAUCAAUCUCCCAUUCCUGCUCACUUCAACAUCAGUUUGAUCCAUGAACAGUCCUACUGGCGUGUUCACCCUAGUGAAGGAGUAGUGCCACCUGAGAGCCAGAUGGAGCUAAAGAUAGUAGCAAAUUUGAAGGACACACUUCACUUUACAGACAAGAUGGAAGUUUCCAUACGGGACAACAGAACACACAGUGUCUCACUGUCAGCCACAGGCACUGGGACAACUAUUGUCAGCAACAAACCUUUUGGUCCUAAUCUUGACCUGGGCACACACUUCUACUUUGUUCCAUACGAGUACAAAUUCAAGCUGACCAACCGUGGUCUGCGGCAUCACCGGAUGUUCUGGAAGAUUGGUGGCUUCCUGGCUUCUCCAAAACAACAAAUAAACUUCUCUGGCAGAACAGCGUUACCUCCAAUCAGCUUUUCUAUGCAGAGAAAUUCUGUGAGACGUAAACCUACACCAUCCACCAACAGAGAAAAAAAUGUGUUYAGCCUCAGUCCCGCUUGUGUGGACCUUUCUCCGGGCUGUUCUGUUGACAUGGUACUCACAGCGUCCGCGGACUCCCCCAAGAUUUUUCAUGAGCGUCUGGUGUGCGACAGCAUCAUUGGUGGCCACGGCUGUCAGCAAACCAUCAUGUCUGUGGAAGCAAUGUGUCGUUUUGUUGCUCCAUCGCUUAAUAUUUCCUCAGAGCAUCUGAACUUUUGCGUAAAGAAGGUUAAGGGGAAGUCCCUGUUGCCUGUAUAUGAGAAGCUGGUCUUGCAAAAUGCGUCGUCUUUGCCUCUGUCCAUGGAGCUCAUUCUUCCGAAGCACUUCUUUCUGUGUCAGACUCCAGGAGAGCACAGCUCAACUUCAACCAAGGUUUUGGUUUUAGAGGACAAGGGUCAAUCUGAGUUCUGGGUUUGCUUUGAUCCAUCUUUCUGUACGGACUUUAUGCACCGUAUUGUGGAUGAGACGCUUACAAUAAAUUACUUGGACCUCCCACAACAAGAAUGUGUGAAGUUGUAUGCUGAGGUUUACUUUCCGAACGUUCAGUUUUCUUCAACCAUUGUGGACUUUGGUUGCUUGCAAAACUGCUCAGAGAUAAAGAGAAGGAUAACAAUGACAAACUGCUUUCAGCUGCCGGUGUGCUACAACUGGGUUUUUAUGGAGUACCCAAAACGGCGUCAUAGGAGAAAAUCAGAAGUGGCAAAAGUAUCAUUUAAGCAUCGAGCGAGUGAGACUGAAUCUUCUCCGUUGCCUGUGUGCCUCAGUCCUGAAGCAGACGACCAGAGCAGCAUACUACAUCCUGUGAAUGUGGAAGAGGUUUUUGACAUCUUACCAGUGUGUGGCGUAUUGCAACCUCAAGAAGAGCAGCUUGUCACUUUCUCUUUCUUUGGUCAUGAGAACAUCAGGAGAGAGGUGGUGGCUCAGUGCUAUGUUGAAGAUGGACCAACAUAUGAAAUCCAACUCAGAGGAGAAGCCUCAGCAAUCUCUUAUAGUCUUCAGUCCUCCCAUCUUGACUUCGGCUCUCAGCUCUUUCACUGUGUCAGUGAAGUUGAAAUGUGUGUUAGGAAUACCGGCAAAGUGGACUUUGACUUCAACGUCACAUAUUUUCCAAAUGCAAAGGAGAACGAAGGGGUUGAUAAAGGAGAAGUGCUGAUUAAGGCAGAUGAUGAGGACAGAGAUGCACAGCAAUUAAAAGGAAAUGGUGAACAACACGAGAGGCUGAAGAUCAGACCUGGGUGGCCCGUAAUUAUUCCAUCUGUGGGUAACAUUAGUGCUGGUUCAGAGAAGCACCUGCGUGUACUUUACCUGCCUGGCAUCCCUGAAGUGUUUAAGAAGCAGUUUCAGCUCCAGGUGGCUUUCUUACCUCCGCAGGAGGUCACGCUAACCGGGGUGGGAGUGUUCCCAAGAAUCCAACUGAAUUUGCCACGAAACUUGUCAGAGCAGUGCUACAGAGAUGUGGUGCAACAGGCCCAAGAAACUGUGAAAGCACAGAGGGUCAGUCAGGAGCUAACACUUGGAGGAGGAGCUGGACAACAGCCUAAUCAUGGACCAAUGAGUGAAGAGUUGAUCCAAGUGGAGGUUGAGAGACUGCUAGUGAAAGACAAUGCCCAUGUGCCUUACAGGCCGUGGGAGCUCAGUGACUCACAAAGUUCUCUGUCACAGUGGCAGGAUUUACACAAUUUCAAGCUUCCACCAUAUGUGCUGGAUUUUGGUGUGGUGUUCCCAGGCAAAAUCUUCAGUCAGACAGUGAACAUCUUAAACAAUGGAAAAAUACCAGUGUCCUUCCGUGCCUACCACAAACAUCUAGCAGGCACAGGCUUCACAGUAGAAUUUAAAAACAUAAGGAACCUUCCCAGUGGUGAAAACCACACUUUUACAAUCACGUUUGAUUAUCUCUCUGCCAAAGGAAAGAUGGGGCAGACAAGCAUCAUUCUGCCGAUACAGCUCACAGAUGGUCCAGUGGUGCAGGUGGAGUUGUGUGCAAACAUUACUCUUCCAGCAGUCACUAUCUCAACCGAUCUGCUGCUUUUUGACAAAGUGCAGUGUGGCAUGUGCCAGAUCCAAAAGAUGCAGCUGAAAAACUGUGAGGCUGUACAAUGUCAUUGGAGGAUAACUGAAGAGAUAAAACCUGUCAAAAAGCAUCAGCAGAAGCCUCCAUCGGUAUUCCAGAUGUUUCCCUCCUGUGGUGUGCUGGACCCUGACAAAUCUGUGACCGUCCAUGUCAAGUUCUACCCUAUUGAGGGGGGUUCAUACAGCAGACGGUUGGUGGUUUAUGUCGCAGACAGCACUGAGCAGGUCUUCAUUACAGCUAAGGGUCAAGCUGAGGAAUCUCUCCUCAAGUUCUGCCCAUCUGUACUGGAGCUUGUACCCUGUCUUCCUUUUAGCACGGAAUCUAAAUCUGAGGUCACAGUGAAAAACACCUCCUCCUUUCCCAUCGAGUUUUACAGCCUUGAGUUUGACACACAGUACAUCAAGGAAGAAGAGAUCCUGCGGGCUAUACCGGAAUAUGAUGAGAACAACAUGCUGCUGCUUCCACCAAGAGCACCUGGAGUGGGCCUUCCUGUGGAGCUGAAUGAAUAUUGUUCUCGGCUAAAAGAUAAUGAGCUGAAUGAAGUCAUAGAGGAUGAUGAAUCAAAGAAAAGUGGCACAGUAAAGGAUGAGGAGAAAUCAGAUGACUUUUUUUUUUCAAAAUUGACCAAAGAGGGAAUCAGUCUGGGAAAGUUAGAGUUGACCCCCAUGGUCAGAGCGAUCGCCCGCUAUAUGGAUCUGGACCUUUCCCUUGAGGGACAAACAGUACAACACAGAGGAAUUGCCAUCAUUGUAUACGGAGCCCCUAUGACAGAUAAACACAACUUGGCAGUGGCUCUGGCGAAUCACUAUGGGACAGCAUGCUUGAGCAUUGAUGGUGUGGUCACAGAUGCAAUUCAAAAUGGCACUUCUCCAGUAAGGCAGCUUUAUGAUACUGCGCUUGCUGAAUAUGAACAAAAAUGGGGUCCAGAAGCUGCCAAGUUCACUGAAGAAAAGAUGCAAACAAAACAUGCCGCAUAUCCUGACAACUCAGUUCAGCGUGCAACUCCAGUUCAGCGUGUAACUCCGGUUGGUACUGUGGAAGUUCCCUUGGACCAUACAGAAAAGCACCACCCUAGAAAUCCCAGUUCAUUUUACCACCAAAAGUCAGAAUUCUCAGCAAGAGAAUCCAAUGUGAAAGGCAAUUUGCAGCCAUUCCGUUUCUUCCCAUCUGAAAGCCAGGUUUCUGAAAUCCUUUUGGAACGUUUUCAGUUAAACGAUUGUCAACGUGGAGUAGUCAUCAGUGGCCUGGAGUCUAUUUACACCCACUCUCUACCAAGCUCGCUUCAAGCUGUGCUCAAAGCAUUCUGUAACCGGAAGCACAUCUAUGUAGUCUACUUAUAUGACACCUUCGAUGCCCUGACAAUACGUGAAGGACUACAAAGACAAGCUGAGGAAGCCUUGCAGAAAGAGAUGGCUGAGAGAGAGGAGAGGUGGUUCUGGGAGUUGGAUCAGGAGAUGUUCGAUGCUUUGCCUGACGAUCAGAAGGCCGAUAUUACCCAGCGACACUUGCAGACACUCCGACUGAAAAAGCAGAGAAGGGAGCUUGAGCAGAAGGCAAAGGAGGAGGAAGAAAGGAGGCUGCAAGAGGAAAUUCUCAAGUCGAAAGAAAAGGAAAAGAAAAAGAAGAAAAAGGAUGAAAAGUUAGAAACUGCUGAAGUUCCGAAGACGAAAAACUCAGUAGAAUUAAAACAGUGUCCUGCGGAUGAAAGACGGAUUGAGUUUGAAAAAUUUGAUCAGAUCCAUACAAUGCUGGAUCAGAUCCUGCAGCAGUGGGACCGGGCCCAGAGCUUGCUCCUGGAUUCUCGUCAUGCUGAGGAAAAUAUGCCAGGUUCAGAUGAAUCCAUAACAGAGAAAAGAUAUUCACACGUGAGUAAGAGAACAAAGAAAGGCCCCAUGAAAGCUGUCCAGAGAGCACCGGACAGCAUCCCUCACAUUGUGACACAUGUGACACAAAGUGGGAGUAGUAGUUGCACAGACCUGCUUAAUAACAGUAUACUUCCUUCUCUUGAAGAGAUAGAGGACGACUUGGGUUUAGGACCAAAUGGCUCUCUGGUUGCUCCCCCAACUACUCUCUCUGUCGUUGCUUUCCCUAAAUACAGGGAACAACUUAAAGUUAAUCAGACAUGUUUCACCUUCCAGAAUCCCUUUGAAUGUGAUGAGGAUUAUGUGAAGAAAGAUCUAGAGGAAUCCUCACAUAAAAAAUAUUCACAGGAAAGGGCAGCUAAACGUCACAAGGAUUACAAGACCAAAGACAAAAAGGGCAAAGAUGCUCAAACACCCACGAGAAAACAUUUCAAGACGAUAAAAUUGAGGAGUUCAGAGAGUUUGACCACAUAUCGCUGGGUUGUACCUGCUGGCGGUGAGGUGCUUCUGAAGAUCUGGUUCUACUCUGAAUCACUAGGAGUUUUUGAACAGGUCUUCAAUUUUGAGACAGUGGGGAACCGCAAUCUUUACCAACUCAAAUGCAAAGGAAUUUGCACCUAUCCCUCCAUCUCCACAGACUACAAGAUUGUUUUUGCUCACUCUAACAAGGUACCACAAGAGAAAGAAGGCCUUCAGAAGACCUAUAUAAUCAAACCUGGUUACUUUGAGUUUGGGCCUUUACUUUGCAGCAAAACUAGAGACAGGUAUAAGAAAAACACAUAUCCAGAAAACUCUGAGAGGCUGGACAUUUGUAACGACUCUGGCAUGGAGGCAGAGGUUACGUUCAGUUUCCAACAAGACACUCAGGGCACAACGUAUCUGCUAGAUCCCUCUACAAUGACUCUCUCACCAGGACAGAAAGAAGUGCUGACAGUCUAUGCAUAUCCAACAAAACAGGGACAGAUAAAAGACAGCAUAAUUUGUAGUAUCAAGGACAAUCCUGAGCCUGUGGCCAUCCAAAUCUCUUGCUGGGGCGUCCGGCCAGAACUCGAGCUGGACAGCACCCAUUUAAACUUCGGCAAGAUUCUGCUGCACAAGAAAGAGAGUCGUGGCAUCAUGAUGGUUAACAAGACUGUUUUGCCACUAUCUUGGAUGCUUCAGGGCUUGGAAACCUUGGGUGACGAGUUUAUAGUGCUACAAGAUCAAGGAGUCAUCCAGCCAAACUCCUGCUGCCCUCUCUGUUUGCAGUUCAAGGCCAGGAAGCCAGUCCUUGUUAAGAAAAUCUUGCGUCUCGAGGUAUACGAUGUGGAGAAAAUUAUUGGAAUCCUGCACACUGAAAACUUAACAAUUCAUGCUGAAGCCUAUGAUGUAGAUCUGAAGAUCGAACCAGCUGCUAGUUUGGACUUUGGGAUCCUUAGAGCCUUUGAAGAAAGCAAACAUCAGCUAAAGCUGACAAACAAAGGAAAAUAUGACUUAGCCUUCAAAUUUACAAUUCGACCUCCUAACCCAAAGCUUAACACCACAGAGUCCAUGUUCUCAGUGGCUCCACCAACCGGUACUCUGUCGGCCCGUGGGAAGUUGGCAGCAGCAGUAGUUUCCUGCAAACCUGAUAAGGAAGUCAAUUUGAAAGAAGAACCCAUCAUUAUUUGUCAGAUCAUUGAACCCAGCAUUAAAGGAGGAGAAACCAUAGCCAGCAUUGACAUCAAGAUUUCGCUGCAGUCUGUUUUCUCCAGAUAUAAAAUAACACCUGCAUGCGACAUUGAUUUUGGCCCAAUGGCUUAUGGCUCCGACAAAACCCAGAGCUUCACAAUAGAUAACCACGGACUCUUCCCAUUCCAUUUCACCCUAACUCGCAUAUUCUCAGAGUUUAGUAACCAUAUCAAGGUUGGAGGAAGAUCUAGGGUGCCAGCAAGAGAUUGUGGUUCAUCAAAGUCCAUCAGUGGCACUCUCGAAGCAAAACAAGAUCAUCACAGAGAAUCGGGUUCUCGGGAUGCUUCCCUCAACUUGGGCAUUUUCUGCCUGUCUCCCUGCAGUGGAAAUGUGCAGCCUGCGACUCAGCAGCAGAUAAGCGUUGUCUGUUUAGCUGACCAGCUUGGCAUUUGGAACCAGGGCCUGCUUAUUGACAUCGCUGGCCGUGACCUCUCAGAACAGCCUGACGGUAUCGCAUACAGACUGCUGGCUGAGGUUUGCAAACCAGGCAUCGUGAUAGAUCCGGAGUACAUCUUUGAAGAACACUACUUGUGUCAGAACAGUGACCAGCUGUCCUCAGAGCAGUUUGCCAAUGCUGAAGGCAUUUUUGUCAUGGAUGAGAAAAAAUUUUGUUUUAACAAAAUUCUAGUGGGGAAAACCUCUAAAGCCCGCUUUAAACUCAUCAACAACAACAAGGUCCCUUGUACAAUUAACUUGGCCAUCAAAAAUAGUGGAAGUAAGGCGCCUCGACAAGUAUUUGACUUGUCUGCAACAACGCUGAACAUAUUGAACCAGUCACAUACUUAUGCUGUGGUCACCUUCACACCACUGGCAAUCCGGCCAUACAGUGCUGCGGUGGAAAUUACAACCAAGGGGCUCUCCAGAUCAAAACACACAUCAGUUAACCAAACCGUGGAGUUCCAGUUAAGUGGGGAGGGGACUCUCCCCAGUGUCUGCGUCCUGCGUCCAGCUCGGGGAGGGAGAGGGAGCAAGGGAGAACCAGUGAUGCAGUUCAGACGAAGUUUGGUGGGCAGAAGACACGCUUUACCUUUGGUGCUUCUCAAUGAUGGGGAUAUAGAAGCGCAAGUACAAAUUGUAUUGGUGGAUGAACAUGGUGUGUUUACAAUAAAACCUCCUCCGGGCGACACCAAAAGCACUGUUCAGUGCGAACCACUUCAGCAACCUCCUCCAUCAGACAUUGGUUCCCAUGUUCCAGAGGGUCAAAUGGUCCACAAAGCCACUGUGAGGCUUAACGUGAACGAAGAGAAGAGUUUUGCGGUCAGCUUUUGCUCCAACGAAUCUGUUAGAGUUGAUACGUCAAUGGCAGUGCAAGUGAAGGACAACCAGUACAGUAACACCAUAGUACAUGUGAUGGCAGAGACUUAUCAGGAAAUGGUGUCUCUCGAUAACAUCAGCAGCUCACCGCAGGAUGAAGAAGAUGAAGCGGAAGGUUUAUGUGAGGUGCUUCAUUUUGGUGACUGCUAUAUAGAUUGUAAAUACCAAGAAAGCUUCACUAUGACCAACCACAGCAAAAACCAGGUGGUGAAGUUCGAGUGGCCUUCCAGUGAACCAAAUGUCACAUUUUCACCAGAGGUUGGGCACCUUCAUGCUAUGUGCUCUAAGGAAGUGACCGUCACCUUCUGGUCCAGGCAGCCACUGACUCUGAAGCAACAAAUGACUUGUAAGAUUAGUGAGGUGGAGUUCAAGCAACCGAUAGAGGAGGUGGCCGACUGGGAUGACCGUCAUAGAACGGCGACAUGGCAAAGUGCUUCAGACAGGGUUUUAAAAGAGUCUCGACAGCUUGACAGUAAAAAGGUGAUUGAGACGAAUCCUGAACCUCUCUGUUCUGUGAUUGAGGGCUCUCAGUGGAGUCUGGAUUUGGAAAUAAGGGCAAUUUGUGAUUACUCAAAGUUCAGCUGCUGCAGCAGCAGCAACAUCCAGUUUAAAGACACCGUGCUUUUCCAAACCGAGCUCCACCAACUGCAGAUUAUCAAUGAGGGCAAUGUGGAAGUGGAUUUCUCCUGGCAAGUCCAAAUGGAUUCAUGCAGUGAGGUUACAGAUCUUAAAGAAGAAGAGUGCGUGUCAUUGGUGACAGAUGGGAGCUGGAGUUCUCAUCCUGACAACAGUUCAGACAGGCCUUCCAGUAAUCGGAGCAAUGCAGUGUCACCACUCAUGGGAAACCCUGAAUUGGCUCCAUUCACUGUGGAGCCCAGAAUUGGGACCAUAGAUCCUGGUGUUACCCAAACCUUUAAUGUUUGCUUUUCACCUGUGGAAGUAUCACAAUUUCAGGGCAGACUGCUCUGCAGUAUUCCAAACUUGGAGAAUGGCAACCAACCUCCUUGUAUCACAGUGUGUGGUAAAAGCCUGUUGCCUGAUAUCCAUUUUGAUUUGAAGGACUCAGACUACAUGAGUAGUAGCCGCCACAGCCCCAAGUUCAACCAGCCUCUGGAUCCUAGCACUCGAGUUUUAGAGUUCAAAUCCCUUGGCUUAUCAGCACCCAUAACAAGGUCGUUCAAUGUGAUUAACCCGACCAAGACGGCUUACUCAUAUAAAUGGAGGUGUUACGACAAAGCGUCCAGUUCUUUUCGUUGUCUAAAUUCUUUUGGGACCAUCCCACCAGGGGUGAAAGUGGAGAUGUGUUUUGAAUAUGUUGCUGAACACCAGGGGUCAGUGGAGUCACUGUGGAGUUUCUUGAUUGAGAAUAAGUCAUUGUCUUUUCCCUUCUUAUUCGUGGGAACUUAUAGAGAACCAUGCAUCUAUCUUGACAAACCUUAUCUUGACUUUGGGGAUGUGAUUGUUGGCCAUAUGUUGGAGCAGACAAUUGAUCUGGUGAAUGCAGAGGAAGAACCUUUCGACUUCUCUGUCCUGCCGGUGUCUCUUGUCACUGAAGAUCAUCAGGGCAGGCUGAGUUUAAAGCCCAUGGAUGGCAUAGUGAUGCCCAAGAAUAGGUUACCACUGUUGGUGAGCUUCACACCUUCCUCAAAGGGAUAUAUAAACUUCAAACCGAUCUUGAAAGUGAAGAGGAAGUCAGAACCACUUUCAUUCAACGUUAAGGCUGAUUGUUUCUCCAUGCCAGUUUCAGUUCAGAUUCAGGAGCCAGACGGGAAUCUCAGAGAGCUCUUCCCUAACCAGGAAGAUACACUAGACUUUGGAAAGGUGGGCAUUUCAGAACUAUCUACCUACAAUUUCCUGGUGUUCAAUCUUUCAAGAUUUAGACUGGAAGCCAGCUUUGAGUUGACAGGUCUCGGAGAGAAACUUCAGCAAUUAAAGGUGAAUCCUCUAAAUGGCGUUAUCCAGAUUGGGAAGGAGCUCAAGGUAUCAGUGGUCUUUUCCCCUAAGAGCGUGUGCAACCUCCGCGGUGUCAAACUUAUUGUCAGGGUGAAGCCCGGUCCAACCUAUACUCUUUCCAUUAAAGGCAGAGCCGUUGCACCCAGCCUUGACUUCUCCUUCACAAAGUUUAACUUUGGAAUGUGUUUCCUGUUCUGUCCGGGUAUGGUACCACCAUCCCACACUCUUCUCAUUCACAACAAAGACAGUACCGAAGUCAGUGUCCAGUGCCAGUUUCAAAACACAUCAAUCUUCAAGGUGGACUUCCAGCCAGAUAUUUUGAGACCUGGUGGUAUUAUGGCGGUACCAAUUACCUUCUGCCCCCAGAAGACUUGUCGUUAUAGUGGAAAGCUCCUUUUUGUCUUAGACAGUUCUGACACAAAACAAGUGGAGGUAGAAGGAGAAGGGAUUGAAUUAAAGCUGGAAGUGGUUGAUUUCCGACAAAAGAAAAUGAAACUAGGAUGUCUAACAUUGGGUGAAAAAGUGAACAAACAGGUCGUCCUAGCCAAUGACAGCCUCCUAGACCUUUCUUUCGAUUUGAUACUGAACUCAGAUCCUAAUCUAGAUCCAAAGGACCUGUCUGUCAGCCCAUUAGGCGAGAUGAAGCUGAAAUCUUGUGGAGGCUCCUGCAAGCUGCAGAUUCAGUUUUCACCUCAGCAGCACAUUGCUCCUUUUUCUGUCACGCUGCAGGCGGAGUUCAAAGGGUUCUUCCACCACCUGCUGACCAUCGAGGGCUGUUGCAAGGGGGUGGAUGUCAAUUUAGACUGCAGCCAAGUGUCUUUUGGAGCUAUGGUCCAAAACUGCCAGACGAACAGGAGGAUUGUCAUGAUGAACUCUAGUGACACUACUGUCAGAUUUCAUUGGCAAACCCAAGAUUUUCCUGCAGAGUUGUCAGUCACACCAGUAAAAGGAUAUAUCUGCCCAGGCAAGGACUUUCCCUUUGAGGUGACCUUUACCCCUGUGAAGCUCAGUGACGACAUCAGAUACGAGAACCUGUCCUGCUUCAUCGACGGCUCCCCACUUAUUAAGUUGACGGUCACAGGUUCCUGCGUCCCACCUUCCAUCAGCAAAGAGGUGAUAAAUUUCACAUGCCGAGUGCGCUCCUCUCAAACUCAGACACUGUCCGUAACCAACCCUACCUGUGAGUCCUGCAACGUCACACUUGUAAUCAAGGGUGAGCAAUGGAGUGCUGCUCACUUUAUGACUUUUGAACCCAACCAAAGCAAGACAUUUGACGUCACGUACAAACCACUGAGCAUGACGACUGAUGGAAACAAGCACCUGGGAUCAGUUUUUUUCUCUUUUCCUGGUGGGAGGGGAAUUCUGUUCAAUCUGCAAGGAAGUGCGUUUGCCCCAAAAGCAGAGGACCUCAUCUCACAGGAGGUGUCUGCCAAAACCCAAAACUCUGUUCUUCUCCAAGUCAACAACUGGCUCACCAGGCUGCAGAGGUUCUCUGUGCUGCUAGAGGUAGUUAAACCUGACAAACCAGACCUGACUGUGUUCCUCUUAGGAAACAAGUCCAUUGAGGUUCCCGCUUUGGCCAAGAUGGACUAUAAGAUGUUUUUUAAUGCAUACAGAGAGGGAGAAUACACCACAAAGGCGACAUUUCGCAAUGAAACAACAGGGGAGUUCUUGUUCUACCUCAUCAAUUUUAAAGUCGGCUCUCCAGGAGUCCUGGCUACCAUCAACCUGGAGACGCCUGUUCGCAAAGUGGCCUGCGGUGUUGUACAUGUGGAGAACCCCCUAAACAGAGCUACCAGUUUUACCACAGAGUGUAAAUGUACUGAUAUCAAGGCUCCACCUCAGCAGAUCGUUCCGGGACAGUCAAAGGGUUCCCUGAACUUYGAGUAUCUGCCUCUUCAUGUAGGCGAAUCUACCGUACGUCUGACCCUGUGCAGUAGUGACCUGGGCCAAUUUCACUACAAUCUGCUUCUCAAAGCUCUCUCCCCACCACCAGAGGAGACUGUCUACUUCCAGACUGUACUGGGGAGCAGCAACUCUUCUUUCGUUCAUUUUACUAAUUACUCCCAAAGUGCAACCAAGUACAUCUGUAGGAGUGACUGUCCUGAUUUUAUCGUGGAAAAAAAUCUCAGUGUUUUGCCCGGUUUUCCUUCAGGCUCAGAGGUGAAGGUAGAUGUUCGUUUUGAGCCACAUCAGUUGGGCGAGGUGAGAGGGAAGCUCACCUUGAACUCAGAUAUUGGUGGUGAAUACAUAUUUCCUUUGCACGGAGUCUGCACCUUCCCAAGACCUCAGGGCCCGUACAACAUCAAAGGGGGCAGCAACGUCUCCAUCCCUUUCAAAAACGUGUUCCUGAAGACCACGACUUUCUCUUUGAAGGUUGACAACCCAUGCUUUACUGUCAAAGAGAUGGAGAACAUACCCCCCAAAAAGUCACAUAAUAUCGUAGUGUCCUUUGAAGUUCCUUCCGGAGGGCAUCCUGGACCAUGGUUUGGAAAGUUGACUGUCUGCAGACAGAACCCAGAGGCCCGGAGCAAUGCCAUUUCAUGGGUCUUUUACCUGAAGGGUCAGCGGCCUCACUCUUCUUAGGGAAGCAUAAAGAAAACACCUAAGCAGAUAGAAAGUUCUAACCUUCUUUAUUUCAGCUUAGGUUAUCUCUAUUUUGUGAGCUGGGAUGUUAGACUCUUUUGAAAUUAAAGUAUAAAUGUUGAUGCCAAAAAUAUAGUACCUACAAGCUUUAAUUAUUUUGUUUCAAAAUAUAUUCUUUAAAAAACUGAAUAAAUGUUGCAGAGAAGCUCUUCC